AUGUUCCCAAGGAUGAGGGUGUGGCUUCCCAUUGCCAUGAUUCAUGCAACAUUCCCAGAACUCAAUGUGGCAGCUGGUAAAAAGAAUGCUACCUGCUGUGCCCAUAUGAGUACUGGUGGCAAGGCCCCUCGUGCAUCAGGGUCAAUGGGCAUGCCUCACCCUCUCAAACAAAAGUCUCAUGAAGACGACGGCACUGCAUCUUCAAGUAAACGACCAAAGCACAACAAAAUAGGAUGGUCUGUGGACCAUUUCGACACCAUCGACCUUACCACUCCUGAGCCCAAUGUAUUGACAAACAAACAACGGAAUCACUACAAUGUCAUUGAUGGACUUGACCUCACUCAAUCUGACCUUGAACCAGUCACCAGGAUCCCUGAAAGGCGGUAUCACCUUGAUGUCUCGGAUGAUGGACACCUCAUUGAGUUCAUCACCGACUCAGAGGGUGAGUUGUAA